AUGGCGUCCAUCUAUAAACGAGCCGACGAUUGUCUCAAUCAGUUCAAACUUCUGGUCAAGAUCGAAAAUGAAGUUCGAGAAGCUGGCAAGACAGAGGCCCAAGAUCUGGGUUUUGGAGAGCUAAGGGCCGAUGAACAACUCGCAAGAUUCGAGAUGUGGGCGAGCAACAUCGGGGUUUUUGCGGAUGGUCAUGCAUCUCUUGACUAUCGAGUCAGGGACAGAGACGACGCGAAACAACUGAUGAUCGAAUUUCUCGGAACGCUCGGGGACUUUAUUCACAGAGGUAGUAACAAUAAGGCUGAAAUUGUAGGAAGCUCGCUGAUCAGUAUUGUUUCCAAAGCUACGGAAUCAUUGAGUCCCAACCAAAUGCAGUCGCAAGAUGCGGGAGCAUUUCCAUCGGGCGAUGGCCCUGAGCAGUCGCUUUCUUCCUUAUCAUCACCUUUCCAAGGGACAGAGUCCGAUUCAUUGGCUGCUGCGCUACCCCCAACGAACCUGGGUCUUUUCGAGCAGAGACUGCAAGUCAUUGAAAGAACUAUAGACAGGCUAUAUCGCCUCUCGAAGCUGAUUCGGCAACCUUCGAUCCUGAGUCACAACCCCAAGGCCGAAAAUUUCCCCAUUACUGACGACGAAGAUAAUAACAUAGAUGAGCAAUUUCGGAAAUUUGCCGUGGAAUGCGUUGCCCAUAAGUUCCCAGAUGUAUCCAAGGAGCUGAAAGAGAGGCUAGGCAAUGGCAUCGUGACCCGCAGGAAGAGAUUUCUCUACCGCCAGAAACACCAGCGGAAGUUGAGUACGAGGACGAUAAUGGCAGACAGCAAACAGGAGCAGCAGAAAGGUCCAGUGCCCAAGGGAGAUGGUCAAUCUACGAUUCGAGGAACCCGUGCAGUCCUUGAGAGCUCCAACCAGGCGAUGAAAGGCCCUAAAGGGACAUUGGGUGGAGCCGCACUCCCUUCUCAGACGUCGGCUUCGGGCAUGGCUCGAACUUCGAUUCACAUCGACAUGACCGAAAACGACGAGGAAUCGAACCAGUCCACCACUUUCACCAACACUCCGGUGGAUCCUGGCGGUACCACCACGUUCAUCCCUGAUCCACCUAAGCCUACUCCCGGAAGCAAAGAGUUUGAGUGCCCCUACUGCUGCAUUAUUCUACCCAUCAGCUACGCAAAAGCAUCGAAGUGGAGACGACAUGUCAUGCGAGAUCUGGAACCAUAUGCGUGCGUGUUCGAAAAAUGUCCGGACCACAAUCUCUUCUUCCGAGAUCGAAGUAGCUGGAUUGCACAUAUGCGGAAUACACAUACCACGAGGUGGGUAUGUACAUCUGGACCUCACAGCCCUUGUCAAUUUCGCACGGACCAAGAAUAUGAGGACCACAUGUGGGAGGCGCAUGCAGGUACAUUCACGAAAUCUCAAUUACCUCUACUCAAGAAACGGAGCCGAAUCCCGUCAUCCACUACAUUUAGGGCAUGUCCGCUCUGUCGUUGGAGACCCUCAGAAGAUGAACUGAGAAGUCAUCUGUCGAAUCUGACCCAGGACGAGCCUCCUUCGUUUGAUAUCGACAAGAUGGCCUCGGAGCGCAUUACCAAGCACCUCGCCAGCCAUCUGGAAUUGCUCUCGGUGAGAGCAUUACCGUGGCCAGAGAGCCCCGGAGACGAAAGCGACGAGAGCGUAGAAUCCAAACAUGCGCAAGAAGGAACGGACCAGACUGAAGAUGACUCGUCUGCUAUUUACAGGGCCCAGCUGGUGUCGUCCUCCCAAACUUCCCAAAUCCAUGACGAUGAGCACGGCUCAGAUGAUUCCUCGAUAGUGAUUGUUGAUGAAGACUCAGAGAAGAAUUCCUCCACGGCUGAGUCGUACGCGGAAACCUGGGACUUUAUACCACAUCCAGCAUACUAUGGACACGACAGGGACCCAGUCCUGCAGCCUUUACUCCGGAAGUGGUACUUCGACAUCGCGCCAUCCGCAGAUGCCGUCUCUGUCAAUCUUCCCGCAUACAUCGUUCCAGUGGACCGAGACAAGAACUUCCAUGCUCGAACGCAAGCAUUAAAGACCAUCAGACAAUCUCUCUGUCCCGAUCCCCACGUUGAGGGCUCGAAUGUGAAGCCUACCAGCUUUCCACGUUGCUUUGCAGUACACGGGCCGGGAGGAAUGGGCAAGACUCAGGUUGCGGCACAAUUUGUCACAUCCCAUCGCCAUACAUUUGAUGCUGUUCUCUGGGUGUAUGCGGAAAACACUUACAAAAUCCUACAGGAUUUCAACAGCAUCGCCAUCGGUCUCGGGCUGAUUUCUGAAGACCAUAUUGACGCCAAGGAUCUGUAUUUCACACGAGACCUGGUCAAGAGGUGGCUUGUUAAUCCUCUCAAGCAUCUGGACGAAAAUGAAUCCCCGGGACUAGAAAGAGCAUCUUGGCUGCUGGUCUUCGACGGAGUUGAGGACGGUGAAGUGCUAAACGAGUUCUGGCCAUAUGAUGGACCCGGAUCAAUCCUCAUUACGAGCCGCAAUCCACAUUCUUGGUCUACGUCUUUGGAGCUGAGGCCAUGGAACGUCAAUGAAGCCACAGAGUUUCUUUUGCGGAUCACGGGAAGAGAAGUUUCGGAUGAAGAAAGGGCCUCCGCUGUGACGAUUGCGCGACGCCUAGGGGGCCUCCCUCUUGCCCUUGCUCAAAUGGGUGGUAUCAUUGCGCACAAAUCGAUGUCGUUUGGCCAAUUUCUACGCCUUUACGAUGAGAAAGAGAGCCAACAGGAGCUCCUUCAGUGGUUCGUGGACAGUGCGCGGCCACGGCCAUCAAAUUACGAACAUAAUGUGGCGUCGGUAUGGGCCUUUGACAGUCUUGGGAAAGGGACCAAUCUGCUCAGCGUCUUAUCCAUGCUCGAUCCCGAUGGCAUACCUGAGAACCUCUUCCUCGACAAACCGGCUGAGAGUGAUCAUCCCGACCUGGUCGAAUUGAAACGUGAUUAUAAGACUGCCAAAAACGAACUUCUGGCCAGAUCACUCAUGACGGAAAGCAAGCGCGAGAAGAAGAUUUUCGUGCAUCGACUCGUUCAAGAUGUGUCAAGGACGCGGAUGACGACCUCCGAGAUGCGUUCGGUAUUUCUUACGUGUGUGAGGCUUAUUUCCAGCAAGUGGCCUUUUGAGUCAUUGGGUUGGCGCCAUGGAAUUGCCAGGUGGGAGAAGUGUGACGAGUUGUUUCCUCAUGUCCAAAGACUCAAAGAUCUUUUCCCAGAGGUUGCGACCUCGAUCGACUCGUUCGAGGACUACGAGUUCGCGAGGCUGUUGAUUGACGCUGGAUGGUAUCGACACGAACGAGGAAGCCCGACCGACGCCGUUCAGUUUAACAACGUAGCCCAAGGAAUCUGCGAGUCGAUGAAGCUCCGGAUCCUCGAAGAUCCGGAAUGCGCAUCGGAUGAGCCGGGUAUCUUGUCCCAGCUGAACUAUUCGCUCAAUGAAAUCCAUCACAAUCGAGGCUGCAUUGAUCUGGAAACCAACGACCCGGUGAAUGCGCUUAAGUAUCUCAAACUAUUCAAUGAAAAGAUGAUCAAGGAGCUAGGUCGCAAACCUUCCCGGAAUGAUAUGCGACUGGCAAUAUCUUGGAAUGAGCUGGGGAACGCCUAUAUGUUGAAUCGAAACUGGCCAAAGGGCGAGGAGUGCUUCUUGAAAUCGAUCGAAGAGAUGAAGCAGCUGAGAGAUUUCCAGCCGACGAUGAUAUCAUUACCACUCGCCAAUCUGGGGCUGGCAUAUUGGCUUCAAGGAAAACUUGAAGAUGCCGUCGAAACAUUGACCAAAGGGCUAGAGGAUCGUCAAAAAGCGUUGGGUCUGGAUGAUCGAGACUCGUUUAUAACCGGUCGAUUCUUUCAUGCCCUCGGAAACGUCAGAGGCAGUCAAGGCAACCAAGACGAAGCGCUUUCGUAUCACCGCCGCACAGUUGAGCACUACAAGAUCACACUUGGUAAUCGCCAUCACCGCACCGCAGAUGCCUUUGUGAAGGUGGCCGACCAUAACAUCCGCAUGCACCAGUAUGAGAUGGCGGAGGCUCUUCUAAACCAUGCUCUUGAAGCAUAUUCUAGUUCCAAUCAUUUCCUGCCCGAGAAAGCGCGGGCUUCAUUCAAACGCGCAGAGGCUUUGCGGGGGCUUGGAAGAGAUGAAGAGGCGGACUUGGAGGUCUCGAAGUGCUUCAAGAUCUAUACAUUGCUCUUCAGGGAAUUGAUUCGGAGCAAGGUGGCUAAUGCUGAAUAUCGCAAAACGCAAGAGAGCGAAUUGACAAGCAAGGACGUCACUUCGUUCAUUGCGUUUUGGUCGAGAUGA